CGGAGCAACCAACACCUUUUCUUUCCACGUCUAGCUUGUCUGAUCUGAGCAAGCUUAGCUAGCGUCAUAUACACACUCGUCUGCGUGCCGCACGUACCAUCGAGCUAUCCGAACUGAAAUGCAGAGGAGCAGAGGUUGUGCCCCGGGCGGUGAGCACGGCUGGGCAGCGGCGGACGGCGGGAUGCAGCUGCAGCGCCGGGAGAGGGAGCUGGUGGCGCAGCUGCACGAGCUGCUGUUCCCGUCCACGUCGCCGUCUCGGAGCGGCGCCUCCUCGUGUUCUGGUCCUGCAGCUGACUUGUACUGGGAGCACGGCAGCCCGCAGGUGAAGGCAACCGCGUCGUGCGGCGGAGGCAAACGGCGCGGGGGUCGCAAGAGAGUCCGGGAGGAUGAACGGCACGAGGAGGGGCAAGGACAACGCGGCGGUGCUGCGCCUGCGACGAAGGCUACUACUCGUUGCAGGAGGAAGAAGCAAGGGGCAACGACGACGACGCUCGUCACAACGGUGCCGGAUUUCGACGGCUACCAGUGGAGGAAGUACGGCCAGAAGCAAAUCGAAGCGGCCAAGCAUCCCAGGAAUUACUAUCGGUGCACCAACAGCACGAACCAGGGCUGCCCGGCCAAACGAACGGUGCAGCGCAAUGACGAUGACGGCAGCGACGAUGGACGGCCGAAGUAUACGGUGGUGUACAUCUCGGAGCACAGCUGCAAGGCGACCGAGUCGGCGGCCGUGCCGGUGAUCCUCGAGACCACCGUCCGCACCGACACAGCAGCAGCUCCCAACGUCGCCGUCGUUCCCGGUAGCAGAUCUGGUGCUAUCAGUUCUGAGACUCAAUCUCCGGCAAGCUCCUCGGAUAUCACAUGGAGCAGCGGCGGCAGCGACGGCGGUGCCAAUGUACCGCCGAGAGAGCGCGACGAUUAUUCGCGUAUGUUCGCUAUCGAGGAUGACUGCUGGGGGUGGAACGCCUCGCCGCCGGCACCCGCUGCUGCUGCUGCGUUGCUCCAGGAGAUGGACUUCGACGGACCGAUCAGGUCGCCGGUGCACGUCGCGGCAGCGGACGGAAGUUGGAUUAACGACUUGUUCGUGAACGAACCACCAUUUGUUCUCAACAGCUGCCAUUUGUUUGGCCUCUAGAUCUUUAGAUCUUUGCAGAUGUUCAUUAUUGUCUAUCCUUUUUCUCUCUCUAUUUGAUCACUCCAAGUUGAAUUUCCUGUUUUUUGUUUAGAUGCAGUGAAAUAAAAAGGGACUUGUAUAAUGGUAUACAACUUGUGCCUA